UCACACUUUCUUUUCACACCUCCUUAUAAAUUAAUUAAAAUUCUCUCUUUUCUUUCCUUCCUCUCUGUCUUCUCCUCUUUUUUCAAAGAAGCCUCUCUUGAGUCUCUUCAUUUAUGUCACCCUACAAAUAAGAAAAAAUAAAAAAAUUUUAUCUCUCUUCUUCUUGUUCUCUUUACGUCACAAAGACAAUUCGAUUCCAACAAUGGACCGACGUAACCCUUUCCAGCAUCACCAUCACCACCAUCAGCUCCAUCAUCACUUGAUUCAGCAACAGCAGCUUCCUCCGCCGCCACAGAGCACGACGGCGGCUAUGGAUCUCGGCGGUGGAGGAGGAGGAGGAGGAGGUGAGAGAAUCCCACAGUGGAGCAUAGAAGAGACGAAGGAGCUUUUGGGUAUAAGAGAAGAGCUUGAUCAGACUUUCAUGGAGACCAAACGUAACAAGCUUCUUUGGGAAGUCGUGGCUGCUAAGAUGGCCGACAAGGGUUUUGUCCGGAGCGCAGAACAAUGUAAGAGCAAGUGGAAGAACCUCGUCACCAGAUACAAGGCGUGUGAGACGACCGAGCCAGAUGCUAUUCGGCAGCACUUCCCAUUCUACAACGAGAUUCAAUCGAUCUUCGCAGCAAGAAUGCAAAGAAUGCUGUGGUCAGAAGCGACAGAACCAAGCACUUCCUCGAAGAGAAAACAUAAUCAAUUUUCAUCUGAUGAGGAAGAAGAGGAAGAAGAAGAAGCCGACGAGCCAAAUCAAGAGAUCAACGAGGAACUAUUGUCUUUAGUAGAGACACAGAAGAAAGCGACAGAAGUGAUGACUACUAGUGUUUCCACCAAUCCAAGAAAACGUGCUAAAAAAGGGAAAGGUGUAGCUAAAGCUGAAACCGCUGGUAGUACAAUAAAAGAAGUGCUGGAGGAGUUUAUGAGGCAAACGGUGAAGAUGGAGAAGGAAUGGAGAGAUGCAUGGGAGAUGAAGGAGAGAGAGAGGGAGAAGAGAGAGAGAGAAUGGCGGAGGAGGAUGGCGGAGCUAGAGGAGGAGAGAGCCGCCGCAGAGAGGAGGUGGAUGGAGAGAGAGGAAGAGAGGCGGCUGAGAGAAGAAGCUAGGGCUCAAAAGAGAGACACUCUCAUUGACGCUUUGCUUAAUAAGCUUAACAGAGAUCAUAAUAAUGAUCAUCAUCAUGGUCACAGUCAAGGUUUCUAAUUUCUCAUAAACAUGAGUUAAUUAGCUAGUUAAUUUGUUAGGCAAAUCGAUUUAGAUCCAUAUCUAAAUUUAAGUUUGUUUUAUUUAUAUAUGUGAACUAUUUGAUGAUAUUUGGAAAAGAAAUAUAAAUGAUCAAAUUUUGAUA